AUGCACUUGCUGAUUCCCCCCUUACCGUUUCUUAUUUCAGCGCUUGCUGCGCAAGACCCCUGCCCGGCAGGUCCACAUAUUAUCACCGUACGCGAGACCAGCGCAUCUCCCAAUGAAGGUCUAGUAAGACAGCUAGCGGAUCUUGCACAGUAUGCGCUUCCAGGUUCCGACAUACAUGAUAUCGAGUAUCCAGCAACAGCGAUCGGUCCUAUCUACUUUACAUCUGAGGCUGAAGGUGUGAAGAACACUACACUAGCAAUCAAGAGCUUCACAUCCCAAUGUCCCAAGACAGAUAUUGUUCUCUUGGGCUAUUCCCAGGGUGCUCAAGUCGUAGGAGAUGUACUGUGUGGCACGAGUGAACUAUUGUUUUCGAAGACCGACCCCCUACCUUGGGAGUUUGGUAAACAAGUCAAGGCUGCGAUCCUGAUGGGCGAUGUGAGCCAUGUCCCUGAUGCUCCAUAUGCAGUAGGGAACAGUACAAAUGAGGGAUGGUUUCCUCGUCUGGAGAACACUGAAUGCAAGCCAUACACAAAUAUUCUCCGGUCGUACUGUGAUGCGGAUGAUAGAUUCUACUCGGAGGAUAAGUUCCUCAUAUAUUAG